AUGUCGGAAACCCUUAUCCCGCUGGAGUUCGUGCACCACCGUCUGCUCAUGGAUGUCGCCUUCGAGGAGGUGCCGGGAACGGGUAACACCGGCGUGCACGUUGCUGCCUAUUGCGGCCGCUUGAAGUGUCUCGGGUACCUCCUGUCCCAGGGUGGAGAUAUAUGGAAGAAAAAUCACCGGGGGCAAACUCCUGCAAUGCUAGCCGUGCUUGCGGGGCGGACAGAUGUCCUCAAGUGGCUCUUGGAGAAAGCGAAGGGCAUUGGGGAGGUGCCUGCCAACUUGAUUUCCGAUGAACUGCUGGGCAUCGUGGAAGAGAUGGACGAGUCGGCUACGUACGGAUCCCCAAUGUACCGCCUGCUCGAAGACGCCUUAAACGCCGUCGAAGCCCAGAGUGACGGGAGUGAGCCUUUCGGCAGUGAUUCGCGGGAGGAAGGAGGUGCUCAGGAUGAAGCAACAGAUGUGGCGCAAGCAUCUAUUGCCGAGCGUCCAACGACCGGAGACUCUACACGAAACAAAGUGAACGGCGGCGGAACCGAUGACACCCUCGAGUUUGACACGGCAUGGGAACUGUACGCCGGGGGCAAAGUAGGUGCCUAUGAUGUAUUAGCAGUCCUGACGCGCACUCAUGGAGAGGGGUUGGAUGCUUCUUGGUCCCGGAUGCUGGCCGCUCUUCCUUCAAACGAUCCGCACCUGAUUCAAAACUUGGACGCAGCCAAGAGUGGCGUUGACCGGGCGAAAGCAGGUGCUUUGGCAAUGGCGAAGGAAGACGCCAAAGGAAACAGGGACGGUGACGAAGAAAUUUUCCUUCGAGCGACCGCGGUCAAGUACCUCCGUGGUUCCAUAUCCGCGGAACAGUUCUAUGACGAGAUGGUCGACGGAAUGGAGGAGCGGAAAGGUGGAGGGAGAAGAAUCGAAGAAGCCGUGAUCGCCAGGGCGGCCAAACGCAUGCCCGAGGAAAAGGCAUGGUCCUUGAUGGAGGCUCACCGCAAGCGGCAGCACGAAGAAAGGCUGAACAAGAAGAGACUACGGAGAUCGAGACGGCGUCGUGCGGAGGCGGCGUCCAAAGGGAACACGAAAAAAUCGACUGCUCUUGCCGAGCCGCCGGGACAAGGAGAUGAGAGGGAAAACCGGAUCAGCGCUGCCGAGUUGAAGACAGUUCUUUCGCACGCCUUCGGCAACCAGGUGGAGAAUGUACUGCCGAGGGUGUUGGCUACUUUUUCCAACAGGAAGCGGCGCGAGCUAGCCAAUCAAUGGCAUGUCGACAGCGGCAGCGCCACAAAGUUGCGACGACCGAGGGUCCUUCGGCCAAGGGCUUCCUUCGUUUCUACGGACAUUGUUCCGAUGAAAGAUCAGAAAAUCAUCGCUAGGGAGGCUCCCGGUGAGGCGGGACCCUCUGAAGCGGUCACGGGUGCCGAGGGCAGUCCUGGCCUUCCAAGACAGGGUGACCUUGGUCGUGCUGAACGAGUCGGUGGCAAGAAGGCGAAGCAUCAGCCGCAAGGAAGGUUGGUGGAGGGGGCUGGUGUGACUUAUGGCGGCGGCAGGAAAGGCGGCAGAGACCAGGUGGGACAGGACCCCAGCGACGAUGACGACGAACUGGGGUCGAUUUCCCCCAAGCCUAACUCGCCAUUCACCACCAGGGCGUCGGCAUGGGCAGAAGGCGCCACGGGGGACAUCUACGGAAAAGAGGAGGUAAAGCCAAGCAACAAAGCGCCGCGAGAUGGUAGAAAGGGCGAAAGGGGUCCCACCGAGGUCACCCCAGCUCCCGGCGACGCCGUCAAGUGGUCGGCGGCACGGGCGAGGGCGGCAGCGCCAAGCGCCGGUAUGAAUGGCGAUGAUGAUGAAAGGAAUGAACGUUACAAAGACAAGACAGAAACCGUGUCCCAGAAAAGGAAGCUGAGGGACAGCAUGGAGAUGGACGCUCAGAGGAUGACUUCGGAGUUUGCCGCGGGGAGGCUGGCCGCGCCGCACUUCUUCGGGGCGAUGAUGGUGGGAGUAGGGGUUGCUUGUUGCAGCCUUAUUUCUUUGCUGUUUGUUGUUUCGUGGUGA